CGCGCCGGCUCUCGGGAGGUUGAUAAAGCGGCGGCGGCGUUUGACGUCAGUGGGGAGUUAAUUUUAAAUCGGCACAAGAUGGCGGAGGGGGCCGAGGCCGCGCGGAGGCAGCAGCCGCACCAGGGGCUGCGGCGCCGGCGGCGGCCCAGCGACCCGGGUGCAGAGGCCAACCACGUCUCGUCCACGACCUCGCUGGGUGAGAAUUAUGACAGUGAAGACCUUGCCCACUCGGACGAGGUGAUGAAGAAGCCGUGUCCGGUGCAGAUCGUCGUUGCUCAGGAAGAUGACCAUAACUUUGAGCUGGACGAAGCAGCUUUGGAGCAGAUCCUGCUGCAGGAGCACAUCCGGGACCUUAACAUUGUAGUGGUGUCUGUGGCCGGGGCAUUCCGGAAAGGGAAGUCGUUCUUGCUGGACUUCAUGCUGAGAUACAUGUACAACAAGGACUCACAAAGCUGGAUCGGUGGCAACAACGAGCCCCUGACUGGCUUCACCUGGCGAGGUGGCUGUGAGCGGGAGACAACGGGCAUCCAAGUCUGGAAUGAAGUCUUUGUCAUCGACAGGCCCGACGGCACAAAGGUGGCCGUACUGCUGAUGGACACCCAGGGGGCCUUUGACAGCCAGUCCACCAUCAAAGACUGCGCCACCGUGUUUGCCCUGAGCACCAUGACCAGCUCUGUCCAGGUAUAUAAUUUGUCUCAGAAUAUUCAAGAAGAUGAUCUUCAACACUUGCAAUUAUUUACAGAGUAUGGAAGACUUGCAAUGGAAGAAAUCUACCAGAAGCCCUUUCAGACACUAAUGUUUUUGAUUCGAGACUGGAGUUACCCAUACGAACAUUCAUAUGGCUUGGAAGGUGGGAAACAGUUCCUUGAGAAGAGAUUGCAGGUCAGGCAGAACCAGCACGAGGAGCUGCAGAAUGUGAGGAAGCACAUUCAUAACUGCUUCUCCAACCUGGGCUGCUUCCUCUUGCCGCACCCCGGCCUUAAAGUCGCCACGAAUCCUAGUUUUGAUGGGAGACUGAGAGAUAUUGAUGAAGACUUUAAACGAGAACUUCACAAUCUGGUCCCACUGUUGCUCGCCCCUGAAAAUUUGGUGGAAAAAGAGAUAAGUGGAUCUAAAGUCACAUGUCGAGAUCUUGUAGAAUACUUUAAGGCAUAUAUAAAAAUUUAUCAAGGAGAGGAGCUUCCACACCCGAAGUCCAUGCUUCAGGCAACGGCAGAAGCCAAUAACCUUGCUGCGGUCGCAGGAGCCAGAGACAUCUACUGCAAAAACAUGGAACAGGUGUGUGGUGGGGACAAGCCUUACAUUGCGCCGUCAGACCUGGAGCGGAAGCACCUGGACCUGAAGGAGGCAGCACUGAAGCAGUUCCGCUCAGUGAAGAAGAUGGGCGGAGAUGAGUUCUGCCGCCGCUACCAGGAGCAGCUGGAGGCAGAGAUCGAGGAGACUUACGCCAACUUUGUGAAGCACAAUGACGGCAAGAACAUCUUCUAUGCCGCGCGCACCCCGGCCACGCUCUUUGCACUCAUGUUCGCCAUGUACGUGGCUUCCGGACUGACGGGCUUCGUGGGCCUGAACUCUGUGGCCGUCCUGUGCAACCUGGUCAUGGGGCUGGCGCUCACUGCACUCUGCACGUGGGCCUACGUCAAGUACUCUGGGGAGUUCCGGGAGCUUGGCACACUCAUCGACCAGGUGGCGGAGAUGCUCUGGGAGCAGAGGAGUCCCAGGAAGGUCUUUUCCAAACUGUUUGAAGUCACUAGAAGGCGAGUGGCCCGGCGUGCUCUGGCGUCAGCACAGCGACAGAGACUGCCACCCACCAACCACAAGAAGAGAAACUAGCCAGUGUUUUUAACCCUUUCUCUGCCGGGAGCGUCCCCGCUUAGCUGCGCAGGGCCGCCUAAAAGCUGUAACAUAGGCGAUGUGCUGCCGAGUGGGCCUGGGAUGGCGCACGGGCUGAGCAGGAGGAAAGUUCUGUUGCUUGACCCAAUGUCCAGCUGCAUUGCUUGUUCCAUCUGCACUUUGGUUUGUCUGUCUGUCCUUUUUUAUUUGUUGGGGACCAGCCUCUUUUGAUUUCCCACCUCCCAGUUGUAUUCUCUCCAUCGCUUCGACCUGAAUUUUGAUGCCUCCCUUUUUUUAUUUUCUCUGUGUCUUUUUUUUACCUCAUGUUUUUAUUUGUUUUGCACAUCUCUCAUG